UUAAAACGAGUCAAUCGGUCAUUAUAAAAUCCCUUAUUAGUUUGGAGUUUUAAUUCAUCCCUGUAAUUUGUGUUCAGAAUGAAAACAAAGCAGAAAAUGUCAUUGCAUCUGAGAGUCAUCAUGCAGAUUUUGGUUACAAUUUCACUAUUUUUGAACCAUUAUGAAGUUGAAGGAGAACAGAGGUUGUCUAAAGCAGAAGAUUUAGAGUUAGAGAAGCAACUAAAACUUCUUAAUAAGCCAGCAAUCAAGACUAUUAAGGGCAAAUACGGAGAAAUAUAUGAUUGUGUUGACUUUUACAAACAACCUGCAUUCGAUCAUCCUCUAUUGAAGAAUCAUAAUUUUCAUCCCCAGAUGAAACCUACAUUUUUCAAUUUACAAAGAGAUGACAUUUCUUCAAAAAUGAAUAGGCCUUUUAACAUAGGGUUAGAAGGCGGAGGUUGUCCUACUGGAACAGUUCCUAUUAGAAGAAUUACUAAAGAAGAUCUAAUACGACGAAGACUUGCAUCACAAAUAAGAGACGCAGAUGAUUCUCCUGAUGGUGAUGGUAUAGAGUCCAAUGUUUCAGAUGGAACCAAACAUCCUAAGGGUUUCGGAGGAGGCUACAAGUUUGCAACUGUGCAAAUCCCAUAUAAACUAAGAAUCAAAAUGGCAGGAGUAGGAGCAAUUAUAAGCUUGCAUAAUCCUCAACAUCUUAGUGGGCAUGAACAUAGUGGAGGUCGUAUAAAGGUUCAAAAAGGGAUUGAUAGCAUACAAGUUGGCUGGACAGUGAGUCCACCUGUCUAUGGAGACACUCAUACACGAUCAUACAUAUAUUUUAAGGCUGGAAAAUUAGCUUGUUAUAAUACUCAAUGUCCUGGUUUUGUACAUAUAAACACUGCAAUACCUUUAGAUGGAGAACUUCCAGGAUCUUCCUAUGGUGGACCUAUUUAUGAUUUACCAAUGGAAAUUGCUCGGGAUAUCCCCAGUGGAAAUUGGUGGUUUCAUUUAGGAAUAGGAUCAAAGUUUACACCAAUUGGAUUUUGGCCAGCAAAGAUAUUUACAAGUUUAAAGGGAUUUGCAACAAGUGCUGAAUUUGGAGGAGUUGUGUAUAGUCCUCCAGGAGUUCGAGAACCUUCUAUGGGUAGUGGUUAUUUUCCAGUUGGAGACCUUAAAAAAGAUGCAUAUUGUAGGAAGAGUACCUACUUUACUGAUAAACGUCAAUCUAAGUCCUUAGAUGAAAUCUCAGUGAAAUCAUUUGCAAGUAGUCCAAAUUUAUAUAGGGUCACUGAUUAUCCAAACGCUGGGGGUGGAAAUGGGAAUAUAGUGUUUUAUGGAGGACCAGGUGAACAUAUAUAGUAUAUGUUUU